GGACGGCCGUAAAAAACCAUCCAGUGCUGCCCUCCGGUCCUUGGUCCCUCUGGAGUUCCCAGCCCGGAGAGCAUGGCUUGGAAGGAGGAGGGCACGAGCCCACCCUCGUGUUUCAUCCAGCGCCUGGACCACCUUGUGCUGACUGUGAGGAGCAUUGAGGACACUGUGGCCUUUUAUUCCAGAGUCCUGGGCAUGGAGGUGGUGACUUUCAAGGGAAAUCGCAAAGCUCUGCGUUUUGGGCACCAGAAGUUCAACCUGCACCAGGCUGGGCAGGAGUUCGAGCCCAAGGCUUGGCGCCCGGUGCCCGGCUCUGCGGAUUUUUGCCUGAUCACAGCAGCGCCCCUGGAGAAGCUGCUGGAGCACCUGGAGGCCUGUGGGGUGGCCAUUGAAGAAGGCCCCGUGGCCAGAACUGGUGCUGUGGGCCCAAUAACCUCCAUCUACUUCCGAGACCCCGACGAGAACCUGGUUGAGGUUUCCAGGUACUGCACGGAUGUGGCUGCAGGCACGAAGGGGAGCCCUGACCACAGCCUGGUCCCUGAGUUCGACUGGCCAAUUUAAAGGUCCAAGGUUUAAUUGUACAAACCUGGGACAAGCCUCAAAUCAUAGCCACGAAGCAGGGCUUGGGAGUUCUCCCGAGGCGGCCUGCUCUGCUCUGGGUGUGAAUCCUGCUUUUAUACAUCUCCGUCACUGACACUUCUUCUGGAGAGAUCUGUCCUGCUGCUGCAGCUGCGCUGCAAUUGUUGGGACGUUUUCCCUAAUUCUUGCUAUCCCUUUUGCUGCAGUUGAAGUCCUCACUCCUACACUGUCCACCUGUCACUCCUGUCCUUUUCAGAGUCACUUUUCCGCAGCUGGAAAUUUCUGUCUCCUUUCCUCUUUUCCUCCUGUUUCUUGUCUCAAGCUGCCUGGUGCUGCUGGCUCUCCCACCAAGCCAGAGGUUUAAAUCCAGCUGUGACUGUCCAAACACACUCCUUGCCCGGGAUUUGGGAUUUUGGCCUCGGUGUGACACUCAAACGCUCCUGAAACUGGAGUUCCAAGUUUCAUCCUCAGAUCUGUAUCAAUAAUUGUGGGGUUUCUGUCACUCAGGAUUGUUAAAAGCAGGGAUGAGGAGCCUACAUGAAGAACAGAGAAUGAGAAGUCCAGGAGUUCACCUGGAUUUGUGCAAGGGAUUGAGGAUGGUCUGGCACAGAGGAGUCUGACUCUGAUGGCAGCUGGUUACUUGUGGGACUGUCCUAAGUUUUCUUCUUCCUUUAGCCAUUUAAAAAGACAUUUCAAAGUUAUCUAAAAAGCAUAAAACAGUGAAGGACGCGGGGAUUCUCAAGCAGAGCAGUUCCCAGGCUGGCCACACUGAGGUAGCAGCGAUGUCCUCACGGGAAGAACGCUGGAAAGGAGGGAGAGCUCUUCUGACCUCUACAGUCCAAAUCCUCUGUAAAACUGAAACCAUCUCUGAAUCGUACUCAUUUUUCCUUGCUGGAAU